AUGGCGGCGGCCAUCGUAAGACGAUGUGUGAGUUUCCCGGUCAAUUUUAGGAGAUUUAUCUAUGAUAAUAUUAACUACAGGAUUAUUACUGCUACUCAUUGUCGCUGUUUUACUUCUAGGUUGGCUGAAGUAGGACUUUUAGAAACUCCCCGAGAACGAGGUCGUGCCUAUGAAACCGGACAGCUAUUUCUCCACAAAGUCUUUGGCUACAGAGGAAUUGUCUUGUUCCCAUGGCUAGCAAGAGUCUACGAUCGCGAUGCAGGAACUAAGAAUGAGGAAAAGCCCCCGGAGGAUGACACAACAGUUGUUGGCAAGGAGGUCAAAGGUCGCACCCAUCUAUAUUAUUUGGUUUUGGUUGACUCCAGAGAUUGCCCCUAUAUUAGGGCUCAAACUGAGGCUGUGACAUUUCUUGGAAACCAAGAAAAUAGCCGUGCUUUAUACGCCAUUUCUGGUCUAGAUUAUUUGGCUCAUGAAGAUAUUCUUCCCUAUUCGACAAAUGAACGACAUCCAAUACACCAUGAAUUAUUCAACAAAUUUCUGAUGCAUGACCCUGGUGGUUCACCUGCAUUUAUAGCUCGGGAUACGCUCCGUGCUUGGCAGGAGAAGAAUCAUCCAUGGCUACAGUUUUUUUUUUUUUCUUUUUCUUUCCUUUUCUCUCUUUUCUUCCUUUUUCUCUCUCUUUUCUUCCUUUUUUCUCUCUUUUUCUCUCUUUUUCUCUCUUUUUUUCUCUCUGUUUUUUCUCUCUUUUCUUCUUUUCUCUUUUUCUUCUUUUCUCUCUUUUUUCUCUCUUUUCUUUUUCUCCUUUUUUUCUUUUUCUUUUUUUCUCUUUUUUCUCUUUUUUUUCUUUUUUUUUUUUUCUUCUUUUUUCUUUUCUUUUUUUUUUUCUCUUUUUUUUUUUUUUCUCUUUUCUCUCCUUUUCUUCUGUUUUUUUUCUUUUUUUUUCAUUUCUUUCUCCUAUUUUUUCUCUUUUUUUUUCUUUCUCUUUUUUUUCUCCUUUUUUUUUUCUUUUUCUUUCCACUUUCAUCUCUGUUUUUCUCUCUCUCUCUUUUUAUCUCUCCUUUUUUCUCUCUUUUUUUAUAUCCUUUUUUCUCUCUCCUUUUUCCUUUUCUCUUUUUUUUUCCUUUUUUCUCUCUCUUUUUUUCUCCUUUUUUCUCUCUUUUUUUUUCUUUGUUUUUUCUCCUUUUUUCUCUCCUUUUUCUCUCUGUUUUUCUCUCCUUUUUCUCUCUCUGUUUUUCUCUCCUUUUUCUCUCUCUGUUUUUCUCUCCUUUUUCUCUCUCUGUUUUUCUCUCCUUUUUCUAUCUCUGUUUUUCUCUCCUUUUUCUCUCUCUGUUUUUCUCUCCUUUUUAUGUUUUUUUUUUUCUCCUUUUUUCUAUUUUUUUUCUCUUUUUCCUUUUCUCUGUUUUUCUCUCCUUUUUUUCUCUCUGUUUUUUCUCUCCUUUUUUUCUCUCUUUUUUCUCUCCUUUUCUCUCUCCUUUUUCUCUCUGUUUUCUUUUUUCUCUCUCUGUUUUUCUCUCUCUGUUUUUCUCUCCUUUUUCUCUCUCUGUUUUUUUCUCUCUUUUUUUUCUCCUUUCUCUCUUGUUUUCUCUCCUUUUCUCUCUCUGUUUUUUCUCUCCUUUUCUCUCUCUGUUUUUUCUCUCCUUUUUUUCUUUUUUUUUCUCUCCUUUUUCUCUCUCUUUUCUCUGUUUUUUCUCUCUUUUUUUCUCUCCUUUUCUCUCUGUUUUUCUCUCCUUUUUCUCUCUCUGUUUUUCUCUCCUUUUUCUCUCUCUGUUUUUCUCUCCUUUUUCUAUAUCUGUUUUUCUCUUUCCUUUUUUUUCUGUUUUCUCUCCUUUUUUCUCUCUGUUUUUUUCUCCUUUUUUUCUGUUUUUCUCUCCUUUUUUCUCUGUUUUUCUCCUUUUCCUUUCUCUUUCUCUCUCUGUUUUUCUCUCCUUUUUCUCUCUCUGUUUUUCUCUCCUUUUUCUAUUUCUGUUUUUCUCUCCUUUUUCUAUUUCUGUUUUUCUCUCUUUUUCUCUCUGUUUUUCUCUCCUUUUUUCUAUUUUUUUCUCUCCUUUUUCUCUCUGUUUUUUCUCUCUCCUUUUUCUCUGUUUUUUUCUGUUUUCUGUUUUUCUCCUUUUUCUAUUUCUUUUUUUUCUCCUUUUUCUAUCUCUUUUUCUCUUUUUCUUUUGUUUUUCUCUCUCAGUUUUCUGUUUUCUCUCCUUUUUUUUCUCUCUGUUUUUUCUCUUUUUUUUUCUUUAUUUCUGUUUUUCUCUCUUUUUUUCUAUCUUUUUCUCCUUUUUCUCUCUCUGUUUUUCUCUCUUUUUCUCUUUUUUUCUCUUUUUCUCUUUUUCUCUCCUUUUUUUCUCUGUUUUCUCUCCUUUUUUCUUCUGUUUUCUCUCCUUUUUUCUCUUUCUGUUUUCUCUCCUUUUCUUCUCUCUUUUUCUCUCUCUGUUUUUUCUCCUCUCUCUGUUUUUUCUCUCCUUUUUUCUCUCUCUGUUUUUCUCUCCUCCUUUUUUUCUCUCUCUCCUUUUUUUUCUCUUUUUUUUCCUUUUCUCUGUUUUCUCUCCUUUUUUCUCUCCUUUUUCUAUUUCUGUUUUUCUCUCCUUUUUCUAUUUCUGUUUUUCUCUCCUUUUUUCUCUCUCAGUUUUUCUCUCCUUUUUCUAUUUCUGUUUUUCUCUCCUUUUUUCUCUCUCUGUUUUUCUCUCUCUGUUUUUCUCUCCUUUUUCUCUCCUUUUUCUCUCCUUUUUUUUUCUCUCCUUUUUCUCUCUCAGUUUUUUUCUCUCUUUUAUCUCUCUCUGUUUUUUUUUUCUCUCAGUUUUUCUCUCCUUUUCUCUUCUCAGUUUUUCUCUCCUUUUUUCUCUCCUUUUUCUCUUUUUAUCUCUGUUUUUUUCUCUCCUCUUUUUUCUCUCUUUUUUUUCUGUUUUUUCCUCUCUGUUUUCUCUCUCUUUUUCUCUCUCUUUUUUCUCUCCUUUUUCUUUUUCUAUCUCUCUUUUUUUCUCCUUUUUUUCUUUUUCUCUUUUUCUUUCUUUUUUUUCUCCUUUUUUUUCUCUGUUUUUCUCUCCUUUUUUCUCUCUCCUUUUCUCUCUCUCUCUUUUUCUCCUUUUUUCCUUUUUCUGUUUUCUCUCCUUUUUUUCUGUUUUCUCUCCUUUUUUCUCUCUGUUUUUUCUCUCCUUUUCUCUCCUGUUUUUUCUCUCUCUUUUUUUCUGUUCUCCUUUUUUCUCUCUCUGUUUUUUUCUUUUUUUCCUUUUUUUUCUCUCCUUUUUCUGUUUUUUCUCCUUUUCUGUUUUCUCUUUUUUCUGUUUUUUUUGUUUUUUCUCUCUUUUUUCUCUCUGUUUUUUCUCUCCUUUUCUCUCCUUUUUCUCUCUUUUUUUCUCUCUGUUUUUCUCCUUUUCUCUCUCUCUGUUUUCUCUCCUUUUUCUCUGUUUUUUUCUCCUUUCUCUGUUGUUUUUUUUUUUUCUAUCUCUUUUUUCUCCUUUUUUCUCUCUUUUUUUCUCUCUCUUUUUUUUUCUUUUUUUCUCUCUUUUUUCUCUUUUCUAUUUCUGUUUUUCUUUUUUAUUUCUUUUUCUCUCCUUUUUUCUCUAUUUUUUUUUUUUUCUCUCUGUUUUUUUUCCUUUUUUUCUCUGUUUUUCUCUCUCUCUCCUUUUUUUUUCUCCUUUUUCUUUUUUUUCUCCUUUUUUCUCUCCUUUUCUCUGUUUUUCUCUCCUUUUUCUUUUUUCUGUUUUUUUUCUCUGUUUUUUUCUCAGUUUUUCUCUCUUUUUCAAUCUCUGUUUUUCUCUCCUUUUUCUAUCUCUUUUUUCUCUUUUUUCUCUGUUUUCUCUGUUUUUCUCUCUGUUUUUUCUCUCUUUUUUUCUCUCUCAGUUUUCUCUCCUUUUCUCUCUCUGUUUUUCUCCUUUUCUAUCUCUGUUUUUCUCUCUUUUUUGUUUUUCUUUUUCUCUCCUUUUUCUCUCUGUUUUUCUCUUUUUUCUCUUUUUUAUCUCUUUUUUCUCUCUGUUUUCUCUCUCUGUUUUUUCUCUAUUUUUUCUCUCUUUUUUUUUUUCUCUUUUUUUUAUCUCUGUUUUUCUCUCCUUUUUUUUGCUUUUUUUCUCCUUUUCUCUCCUUUUUUUUUCUCUCUGUUUUCUCUCCUUUUCCUCUGUUUUUUUCUUUUCUCUCUCUGUUUUCUCUCCUUUUCUAUCUCUGUUUUUCUCUCCUUUUUCUGUCUUUCUCUCCUUUUUCUCUCUCUUUUUUCUCCUUUUCUCCUGUUUUUUCUCCUUUUUCUGUUUUUUUCUCCUUUUUAUCUCUCUCAGUUUUUCUCUCCUUUUUUUUUCUUUUUUAUUUUUUUUUUCUCUUUUUUCUCUCCUGUUUUCUCUCCUUUUCUAUCUCUGUUUUUUUCUCUCUCUGUUUUUUCUCUGUUUUUUUCCUUUUCUCUCUCUGUUUUUUCUCUCUCUAUUUUUUUUUUCUUUUUUUUCUUUUUCUCUCUCUGUUUUUCUCUCCUUUUUCUCUCUGUUUUUCUCUCCUUUUUCUAUUUCUGUUUUUCUCUCCUUUUUCUAUCUCUGUUUUUCUCUCUCUGUUUUUCUCUCCUUUUUCUCUCUCUGUUUUUCUCUCCUUUUUCUCUCUCUGUUUUUCUCUCCUUUUUCUCUCUCUGUUUUUCUCUCCUUUUUCUCUCUCUGUUUUUCUCUCCUUUUUCUCUCUCUGUUUUUCUCUCCUUUUUCUCUCUCUGUUUUUCUCUCCUUUUUCUCUCUCUGUUUUUCUCUCCUUUUUCUCUCUCUGUUUUUCUCUUCUUUUUUUCUCCUUUUUUUUGUUUUUUCUCCUUUUCUCUCUGUUUUUUCUCCUUUUUUGUUUCUGUUUUCUCUCCUUUUUCUCUCUCUGUUUUUCUCUCCUUUUUCUCUCUCUGUUUUUCUCUCUCAGUUUUUCUCUCCUUUUUCUAUCUCUGUUUUUCUCUCCUUUUUCUAUCUCUGUUUUUCUCCUUUUUUCUCUUUUCUUUUUCUCCUUUUUCUCUCUCUGUUUUUUUUCUCUCCUUUUUCUAUCUCUGUUUUUCUCUCUCUGUUUUUCUCUCCUUUUUCUCUCUCUGUUUUUCUCUCCUUUUUUUUUUCUCUCUUUUCUCUCUCUUUUUCUCUCCUUUUUCUCUCUGUUUUCUCUCUUUUUUUCUCUAGUUUUUCUAGUUUUUUUUUCUCUCCUUUUUCUCUCUGUUUUUCUCUCCUUUUUUUCUGUUUUUUUCUGUUUUUUCUCUCCUUUUCUCUCUCUUUUUUUCUCCUUUUUUCUCUCCUUUUCUCUCCUUUUCUCUCCUCUGUUUUUCUCCUUUUCCUAUCUGUUUUUUCUCCUUUUUUCUCUCUGUUUUUUCUCCUUUUUUCUCUCUCUUUUUUUCUCCUUUUUUCUCUCUGUUUUUUUCUUUUUUUUUCUUUUUUUUCUCUUUUUUUUUUUCUCUUUUUUCUCUUCCUUUUUUUUUUUUUCUCUGUUUUUCUCUUCCUGUUUUUCUUCAUUUUUUUAAUUUCUUUUAUUCUCUCCUUUUUUCCCUCACUUCUCCCACUUUUUCUUUUUCUCUCUAGUUUUCAUUCCCCUUUUCUCUAUUAUUAUCUCCUGGAAUCCCAACAAACCCAUGUUUUCUGGUGGCGCUAUUGUGUUCGACUGGAGAAUUUAGGUGAAGAUACGGUGCAGCUUCGAGAACGUCACUGGCGAAUAUUCAGUUUGUCUGGGACUUUGGAAACAGUACGCGGACGUGGUGUGGUUGGUCAGGAACCCCUUCUUUCAAAGGAGCAGCCAGCUUUCCAGUAUAGCAGCCAUGUUUCUCUGCAGGCACCAAGUGGACAUAUGUGGGGAACUUACAAAAUGGAGCGCCGUGAUGGGACGUCAUUUGAAUGCCGGAUUCCUCCUUUUUCCUUAGAGAGCAAAUCAGAUGAUGCCAACAACCCUCACGGUCUUCUAGGCAGUUGA